AUGAUCACCCGUGCUGGUCUGUUGGCAAGUCUGCCUUUGCUGCUACAGGCACAAGAGCUAUGGGGACGACAGGACUCAUACGGGCCCACUUGGAUGGGCUUGCCCGGCAGCAUAUAUCAGCCCCCAGGCAUUUGGGGCGAUGCUAAGGAUGCAGCCUGGCCACCCACGUCGUCCGAUACUGGAUCGCGGAUUGAACCUCAGAAGCCAGAUGCCGAACUGCAAGAAAUGAUUUUGGAAGUUGAUGAAGCUCGUGUAGAGAAUACAAUCAGCAAGCUGGUGAGUUUUGGUACUCGACACACACUGUCAGUGCAGAACUCCACAACUCGUGGCAUUGGUGCGGCUCGAGAUUGGAUUUACCAGGAAAUGCUCGAUUACGCCGAAGAUUCUGAUGGCAGAAUGGAUGUCUACUUCAACAGCUAUAUUCAGCCGGUGGACGGCAGUCGGAUUCCCUUUCCAGUCAACAUCACGAAUAUCGUGGCGCAAAUCAAUGGCACGACUGACCCGGAGAGGGUCUAUGUGGUGACAGGACACCACGACAGCAGAAGAAUCGAUGUCCUGGACUACGAAGGAGAUGCUCCAGGUGCUGACGACGAUGCCAGUGGUGUGGCAGUAGUCAUGGAGAUGGCUCGUGUCUGUGCCAAGAGGCGACCAGCCGCAACCAUGAUCUUCGCUGCUGUCGCUGGUGAAGAGCAAGGUCUGUACGGCUCUGCCAAUCUCGCGAGGACCUUGAAGGAAGCAGGCUACAGAGUCGAAGGCAAUUGGAAUAAUGACAUUGUCGGUACUGGAAAAUCUCAGCCCUUCGCUCCGAUCAACGAUUAUACUGUCCGUCUCUUCGGUCCGAGCAUUUACUACCCAAAUGCCACGAACGCUUCCGCUGCUGUGCAACGCACCACUGCGAACGUUGGCGGCUGGAACGACUCCCCGGCACAAAACCUCGGCCGCUUCAUCGCCGAAGUCGUCGCCGGAGCUGCAGAGUACGUCGGAAUGCAAGUUGCUCUCAUCUACCGUGCCGACCGCUUCCUCCGUGGCGGCGACCACCAAUCUUUCCUCACCCAAGGCUUUCCCGCCGUACGUUUCAGCGAGGCCGUCGAAGACUUCGCCCACCAACAUCAAGACGUCCGCGAGCAAGAUGGAAUUCAAUACGGCGAUCUGAUCGAAUUCGUCGAUUUCAAUUACACCGCUCGUGUAGCAAGAGUCAACCUCGCGAGUAUGUGGUCUGCAGCGAAUGCUCCUGCUACGCCGAAGAAUGUUACGAUUAGUAGAGUCAUUGGAUUUCCGGCGGGCAAUCAGAGUACAAAUCCCGAACUUAUUACGAAUGAGAGUGGAUUCUCGUGGGCGAUGGGAGAUGAUGAGUUGGUGGAGAGUUAUGAGCUCGUGUGGAGGGAGAGUGGAAAUGUGCAGUGGUCGUAUGUGAUGAAUGUGGGCAAUGUGGGGAAUGUUACGGUGGAUUUGAAUAAGGACAAUUAUCAGUUUGGGGUCAGAGCUGUUGGGAAGAAUGGGUUUAAGAGUCCGGCUGUUUGGCCUUAUCCUGGCUGA